CUUGGUGGUACCGCCUCUGGGCCACAGCCUCAGUCAUUCCCGAGCGGAUUGUUUGUUGUCAAAAUGGAGUUCUUACUUGGCAAUCCGUACAGCACUCCUGUGGGCCAAUGUAUAGAGAGGGCCACAGAUGGAGGCCUACAGAAUGAGGACUGGACCCUCAACAUGGAGAUCUGCGAUAUCAUAAAUGAGACAGACGAGGGGCCAAAAGACGCGAUGCGGGCACUGAAGAAGAGACUCAGUGGUAACAAGAACUACAGAGAAGUGAUGCUGGCGCUGACGGUAUUGGAGACAUGUGUGAAGAACUGUGGUCACAGGUUUCAUGUCCAGGUGGCCAACAGAGAUUUUAUCGACGGUGUGUUGGUCAAAGUCAUCUCCCCUAAAUCCAAUCCUCCGACCAUCGUACAAGACAAAGUGCUGUCACUCAUACAGGCAUGGGCUGAUGCCUUCAGGAGUAGCCCUGAUCUAACUGGUGUGGUCCACAUUUAUGAGGAACUGAAGAGGAAAGGGAUUGAGUUCCCAAUGGCAGACCUGGACGCACUGUCUCCCAUUCACACACCACAGAGGGGUACACCAGAGGUGGACCCGGCCAUGAUGAAGUACCUAGCCCCCGCAUCACCUGCUGUCGGGACUCCUGCACCUUCCCCGACCCCCGACCCUGCCACACAGGUCCCCAACAUGCCCAGCCCUAUCAAAGCAACCCCUGAACAGAUCGCCCGGCUGCGUAGUGAGCUGGACAUAGUGAGAGGAAACACCAAAGUCAUGUCAGAGAUGCUGACAGAGAUGGUCCCUGGCCAGGAAGAUGCCUCUGACCUAGAACUGCUUCAGGAGCUGAACAGAACAUGCAGGGCCAUGCAGCAGAGAGUGGUUGAGCUGAUUUCACGCAUCUCUAACGAGGAAGUGACUGAGGAGCUGCUACAUGUCAAUGAUGACCUCAACAACAUUUUCCUCCGAUAUGAGAGGUACGAGAGGUACAGGUCGGGUAGAGCCGCGCAGAACAACGGGAUGUUGAAUGAGGCCACAGAGGACAACCUGAUAGACCUGGGCCCAGGCUCCCCUGCCGUGGUCACGCCCAGGAUCACCUCCAGCCCUCCACCCCAUUCCGCUGCCGGGGCCGCCGCCUCCCCAGCCCAUAAACCCACUACAGCCUCGCUGUCCUUUGCACUAGCUGGUCUUGAUGUUGCUGCGGACAGCGUGAGCAGUACACUGCCCUCUGUACCAAACCAGGAUGACUUUGACAUGUUUGCCCAGACCAGGAGCAGCUCUCUGGCUGAACAACGAAAAAAUGUAAAGUAUGAGGACCCCCAGGCUCUAGGCGGCCUGGCCUCGGCUUUGGAUGUGAGACAGCAGAACGCAGGAGGGCUGAGGGUAAAAGGGGAUGAUAACCCAGCAGAUCAGGAGCUGCCCAUAGACAGCUGGCUUAUUACCCAAGGAAUGAUCCCCGUAUCGCAGUCCUCUGUCAUGGAUGACAUAGAGGAGUGGCUCUGUGCUGACGUGAAAGGGGAUGCCGCAGAGGAAGGGGUGACCAGUGAAGAAUUUGAUAAGUUCCUGGAGGAGCGAGCGAAGGCAGUCGACUCUCUGCCUUCUCCCCCGGGAGCUAACCCUGCUCCCCCUGCCCGCGCUCCUGGUGGCUCCCACAAGAAGGCUGAGCGGACGGAAGACACCCUCUUUGCCUUGUAGACUGUUAGCGGAGGGCCUCGGUCUCUUCUCUUGGGCAUCUAAAGGUCCUCGUCCUAAAUGAUCCCUCCAGUCUUUCCAGUCCCAUUUCGUCUCUGACCGGCAGUCAAGUGAUCUCCACCUCCUUGUCAUUCUCUUGCCACAGUGUUGCGCCGACAUGCAGAGGUCCAAUAUGUUUACUGCGCACAACCAUGUUGCGUUUUACUAUAUAUGGAUGUAUUAAUCUGUUAGUGUGGGAUGUACUACUUCCAGCCCUGCAUCUCAUUGGUAAUGCGCCACCAAAGGAAGACAUCCUUACUUGUCUGAUGGGGUUUAAAAAUGUGGUAUAUUACUGCGAAAUUAAUGUAAAAAGUUCACUGCAGGGCAAUGCAUUGAGUCAGUAUGGAAGAAUACAAUUAGGAUUAUAUUGUGUUGUUAGCUAAUUGCUAAUUUAUGCAUUUAUUGUUUUAAUGGUUUGUUCUGUACUAGCGCUGUGGUAUGUUUUUUUUUUUUUUUUUUACAAAUACUUAAGUUUAAGCUCUAGUCAUGCCUCUUAUACUGAGAUAUGUGUGGAAGGGCAACACAUUAUUACCCAAUUUGCCUGAGGCAGUGUGGAGAAAAGACUUAAGUUAAUCGGCUAAUUUAGCUAACUAUGAAUAUAAUAGCUAAAUAUUAGCUAAUCUUGAUGAGUGUAUGCCAGCAUUCCUUUAACCAAAGGGAAUAAAAAAACCUAAAAAGCACUAGUUAGGAAUCUCUGUUAUGUAUUUCAAAUAGCUAAGGGGAAGGAACGUGCUCUCUGAAUAUUUCCCAUCAGUCUAUUCAGUCCUCUGAAACGCUACAAAUAUAACUAGGAAAAGUAUGCUUUUGAGCAAUACACGUUUAGCCAUUCCAAAGAAUAUUAAGGCUUUAAAGACCAACUAGCACUGAAUGGAACAAUAAUUGAGUCCAUGUUUGAAAUGUUAAGGGAUGAUGAACAUUUUCCUUUCCCUGCUAUAUUAAUGUCUGUGCACUUUGAAGCAAAAACAAAUCUGUAUUUUGGCCUUUGUGUUUACAAGAUGGUUACUAUUUUUGUAGGGGGAUGGGAAACGGUCUUUAGAUUGACUUCAUUUUGCACACAUUUUUCUAAAGUGUCAUUGCAGCUCAUUCACAAACUUAUAAUUGCAAAAACGUUUAAGAAUAUUAAAGAUUACGUAAAGAUGCAAAACACAAUAUGGCAUCUAAAUUAUCAGCAAGACAUUCGCUGACACCAUAAUCGACUUAAAUACAAAAUGUAUAACUUACAGUAAUGGACUGUCAUAAAGGAUGUAUUCAUAUAGGUAGAACUAGUUGCUCUAUAUUAUGUAAUAUAUAUAUAUAUACCUCAAAAUACAGGAAUUCCUGUAACUGGUUAAAAUGUAUUGGCUCAUUGUAAGAGACAGCAUAUAGGCUUAUUUAUCAUUUCAUCCCCUGAUUGUAUUUUUAUAGUUCAUGUAAAAAGAAAAAAAAACAAGUUUGUAUCAUUGAUCUUUUUGUGGUCCAGGCAGAAGCAUGCAGUAAACAAAACCUCAGUUGUACUUUCUUUGAUUUGGACAGUCAAAGAUUAUUUUCAUUCUUGUGUUUUUUCAUUUUGGCAUGAUUCAUCUGCACCUGUUGGAGCUGGUGCCUGGCAUUUCCUUGAUUGUCUGAUUUCAGCAAAGUAGCCCUGACUGGAGUUUGUCUUUGGUGUACUUAGGAUCGCAGUUUGAGGCGAAAAAGCAAUCCUGCCUUCGUUACAGCUCUUUUCCUGAGGCUCUGGUUUGUUUUAACGUUGUCCAGUUAUAACACCAAAAGCCUUGUCAAUUUAGGCAUUCCUUUUGAAAUUCCUCCCUAGCUUAAUCAUGCUUUCAAAAUUUGUUGAUUUACCAGUUGUCAUUAUCGGCCUUCCACAAGACGGAAAUAUUCAUUAUUUGUUAUAAGUAAAUUCAAUGGUGACAUUAAAAACAUAUGUGUCUACACCAUCAUUAUGAUUUAAAUAUUUAAAUGUAUUUUAGCUGAGGAAAAUUAAUGAUUAACAAGCUUUAACUUUUCAAUGUUGUAAAUGCUGUACGGUUAUAUAGGCUUACUGGUUGCCAGGUAUCUGAGAUAAUAGUGUUACAUUUACAAUAAACCAUAGCGUUAACUUUGACUUUUGCCGUGCAGGCUGAACAAAGAGGAGUAAUAAAACAGGAGAUCCUUUUAAAAGGGAACUUUGAGUCAUUUUCUGUUUGUGUGUUUCAUAUCUCUGGAUCUGUAACAGAGUGUAUUGUGUUACUUGCUUGAGGGUUAAGUCCCGAUUGCAACAUGUAUUCCUCAAAAUUCUGUCUCUCUGAAUGUCUUUUAAUACUGACGAAACAGAGCAUUUAGCUGACGUUUCAUGGACAUGGAAGAGAGAUGUGUUUUCUGAUGGUGGGUGUCUCAUGUCUGUAUGGCUGUGCCGUCUGCUGCCAUUUAUUAAUGGUCAGAUUUUUGUUUGAUCUAAUGCACGUAUGUAACUGCCCAAUAAAACACUAGCAAUGUCUGACCUCUACCUCA